GCAAUGCGAGCGAGACCGGAUGCAUGUUGUUGAUGAGCUGGCAACUCAUGACGCCGCCCCAGCUGAAGUCGCCAAGCGCUUGAGUCGCUGACUACAUUCGAGUAGUUCGCUCGUCACCGCCAUCAAGGGAACUGGCAUACAGCACCUUUGACCAGGCUGCUGCGAUAGUCGCGCCGCAAUGGCAGAAGCUCGGCGAGGUAGUGGCGUUCAGGGUGAUCUGGAGAAGGAAUUGACGUGUUCGAUCUGCACCGAUCUCCUCUACCAGCCGCUUACGCUCCUCGACUGCCUCCACACCUUCUGCGGUGCUUGUCUGAAGGAAUGGUUCUCAUUCCAAGCAUCUGCCGCGACUUCGAUCCAUCCAUAUACGUGUCCCUCGUGCCGCGCCUCGGUACGCUCUACCCAACCGAAUGCGACUGUUACAACGUUACUCGACAUUUUUUUGAAAGCGAAUCCAGGAAGGGGAAAGAGCGACGAAGAGAAAAAGGCGGAUAAAGAAAAAUACAGACCCGGCGACAAUGUGUUGCCCAAAUUGCGGCGGAGAGGCGGUCCCGAAGACGAGGACGAUCGCAGGGUCCUUGAAGAAGUACAACAACUUAGCUUGAGGGAGGUUGGCAUACCGAGCAGUAGCAACCAUUCUUUGGAGCCACCAAGAGAGAGAAGAAGGCACGAGAGGAGCCGUGAAGGCAGCAGAGAGUCGAGGCGGACCACCAGUCGUAAUACCUCACCAUCACGGGCUGUCGCACCAGCAAGGACCAUAGAGCAUCAGGCGAGCCUGCGGUCGCUGCUCAGCGCUUCAGAUUUGGGCGCAGAUGAAGUGGACGAGGACCUUGUGCGCCACGUACUGGAGGAGUUGCUAGCUGAAGGGGUGGAUUUGAACGACAUUGGCACUACCCAGGAGGAGGAAAUCACCGAAAGGAUCGCUGAAGCUGUGCGCAGACGUCAAGCUGAGAGGCAAUCUGAACGACACUCAGAGCGGCAACGUGAAAGACGCGAGAGAAGAGAAAGGCUGGCAAGAGAAGGCCUGAUGAGUUCAUCGCAGACAUCACUGCCGCAACCUAUACGCAGCGCUCCACUGCGUGACGAAGACGCAUCACGGAGACGGGGCCAAGGACGUUCAGAGAGUCGAACGUCAACACCACAGAAUGGUACAAGGCAUGGCCCGCCAAUAUCGCGUCCCGGCCUGAUCGAUGCGGCGAACGAUGGCAGUAGGCAACAUAGGCGCUCUUCGAGCCAAGGCAGCUCAAGAUCAGCGAGGAGAGCAGACCGUCCACCUACUCUUGGCGUCUCGUCUUCCAGACAGAGUGCCAAUGGACAGGAGCGGGAGUCGACCUCCGACAAUGUGACAGUGUCGAGACGUCGACAGUCAGACAAUCAACAGUCGGGCAGCGCAGAGGCUCGUCAGCAAUUUCGACGCAGCAUCUACGAUAGUAUGGCUGCUGCAAGUCCGGUCUCGCCUCUAACAACGGGAUUCAAUAUACCCGGUAGCGACAGCCCUGUCAGCACAUUGACGACGUUCGCUCCGCCACUGCAUCCCUCUCCAUCAUCACCACCUGCAGAGACCCCUUUCCGUGUCCCGUCAUUGCGUCGGAUUACCGAUCCCGCGAGUGGAAGACCGCCUCGUAUUUCCCUCACAGGCACUCCACCACUGGUGUCGCCCCCAUCGUUCCUCCGUUCUGCAACUGACCCAAAUGUCAAUGAAAUACGCUCACGACAAGCUUCAGAUUCAACGCCUUCAACGCCCAUUCUCCAUGCGGAGCCACAUGUUUCAUGUAAGUCUUGUGGCAAGGACCAUAUUGAGUAUGAAUUGCACUACAGCUGUCAACGGUGCGACGAUGGCAACUACAACAUCUGUCUGCGCUGCUUUCGUAUUGGCAAAGGCUGCAGGCAUUGGUUCGGGUUCGGCUGGGCUGCAUGGUUGCGCUACGAGCGCCAGACUCCUCAGGGUGGCUACCCGCCGAAUGACGAACAUCCUCACGUGCUGACCGGACGUCGAUAUCGAAGGCCACUCGCCCAACUCGUCGAAUCGACCCUACCUCCGCAUGAACUCCUAAGUGAGCACAACCCCGACCAGCGCAAAGAACUAGGCGUGUUCUGCGAUAUCUGCAAAGCGUUCGCGAAUGCAUGCUACUGGAAGUGCGACUACUGUAAUGAGGGCGAAUGGGGUUAUUGUAAUGAUUGCAUCAACCAGGGUCGUCACUGCACGCAUCCACUCCUUCCUGUUGCACACAAGUCUCAGACCGAUUUAUCCGAUAGCCCUGAGCUUUCGCUGCCCUCAACGCCUCACGCCAACACCGAUUCUCUCGCACCACCUGACCACGAUUACGAAGCUACAACACCCCCGUUGACGCCUAAGACGGCUUCGUUGAUGCGGGGCCCGAUCCUCUUCACCAUCGCAAAUCUCACCUUUCGCCCUCUUACAUUCACAACACUAUGCAAUAUCUGCAGAUAUCCCAUCCCGCCGUCGAACACUCGCUAUCACUGCUUGAAAUGCAACGCCGGCGACUAUGAUGUAUGCAUGGCUUGCUAUCAUAAGCUGGUGGUUUCGAACCGGAUCAGCAAAGAAAAUGGUAUCAAUGGCUGGCGUAAAUGUUUCCGUGGUCACCGCAUGGUCGUAGUAGGUUUUGAAGAUCGUGACGGGGGGCAGCUGCGCAUUGUGGUCAAGGAUCUUGUCGGUGGCUGGGCGCUCAAAGACGAUGAGGAUCAGGCAAGGUCGCCAACAUCAAGAGCUCCGCAAAGAUAUCCUCCAGACGGUGGUACUGGACUUAGAUUACAAGCUCGCUGGGGCCACUGGCCGGAGGAGGGCGUCAGAGAUGAGCUUGCAUUUCCGAAAAUUUCAGAGAUAAGGGAAGCGGCCGAUGUUAAUGGCGAGUGGUAUUGGGGGGUGUACUGUGGCAUGGUGGGUCUAUUUCCUGCCAGUCAUGUCGCUACUGUUUGAGUUGCAGACCUGCUUUUUGAACACGAAGAUAUGAAUGCAUGAACGUAAUUAAUGACCGACUGGUAUUGAAAUUUCAACUAUCGACGGAAACUAGCAGUAUCUUGCAUC